AAUCUCCUCCAACCCCAGCCUGGGCUCUUGCAGCCCCAGCCGACUGGAAAUCCUUUCCGUCAGAGCAUUUUACUCCCCCAGAGCACCGGUAUGCCCUCCAUGGGUGUCCCCUCUAUGGGCAUGAAUCAGCAGCCAGUAACUCGCACGGCCCCUAUAAGAUCGAUGUCUGCGUUCGAAGCUCCUGCAGCACAGUCGACCGUACAACCGACACAGCCUGUAUACUUCCCAACAAGGCCGUUUGGCACACAAUCUCUGUCUGGACCCCAGCGUCCUGCCUCGACACCUUUAACUAAUCUGUUGUCUGCCUCGACGGCAGGUGCAGACCGACCUGCCGCGGCGCCUCUCCUUCCCAUGAAGACUGGCUCUCGUAAUCCGUUUGCACCCUCGACGGAGAUUGCUGCCCCACCUCCACCACUCCCAACAAUCCAGCCUACGUUGAAUGCUCUUCGCACCGGCGCACCUUGGAUGAUGCCCUCUCACCAUCAGCCUAAUGGUGGUCUACCUACCCUUGCCGAAUCGCCUGUUUCGGAGGUGCCUAAAGCGAACGGGGAUGGAGCUCCCCCUUCGACAAGCGUGAUGUCUGGUAUUGCGUCAUCCUUUGCGAAGCCAGAAGACCAGAAUAAAAAUCAGUUCCAUCUGUCCGCCUUCAGUGGGUCCACCAACUUUCCCUCAUUUUCCACGUCCACUGCCACCGCGAGCAAACCGAAUGCCCCUGCACCAACUCCAUUCCCAGGUGCUGGCCAAAGCACCACUCCGUUCUCUCUUGGUGCCUUAGGAUCCACUAAUGGUCUGGACAACAAGCCUGCUGCUAACCCUCUCGCUACUCAACCGACUGGCUUCGCGGGUAGUAGCGUGAAGCCCUUCCAACCUACAUCCUCCUUCGGUGCAUCACUGUUGGCUUCAUUGCCUCCAGUGAGCUCGGAGACUCCUGCCCCUUCCUCUACUUUGAUUAACGGACCCAACGCAUCCACGGGUGGUAUGCCAGCCUUCGGCGGUGCGUCGUUUUCAGGCGCUUCAUCCCUGGGCACUGGCACUAGCAGCGCUCCUACCGGGGUGACCAGCGCGCCAACCGGUGCGAGCAGUUUCAGUGGACUCUCGUCAAGCACAUCUGCGACCUCUCAGCCAUCCCAAAUCGGUCAACCUAGCGCAUCUCAGUCGUCUUUCAGUCAAAGUCUGGGGCCUUCCAGCUCAUUUGGGAAUAGUCUCAUGCCUCAGGUCACAGGGAUGCCAAAUCCCUUCAGAGCCUCAAUGUUCAAUCCUGGAGGGGCUACAUCACCUCCUUUCCCAGGAGUUGGAGGCACUGGGCCUGUCGGCUCUACACCAUUCGCCUCCCAGCUAUUCGCGCCGAGUGGGAAUUUAAGUGCCUCAACCUCGCCGUUCGGCCAACCACCGUUUAGCCAGCAGCCACAGAAGCAGUCGACUCCGUUUGGAUCGUUAAUUUAG